AUGGAACCCAUCCUCCCAGCUUCGCGCAUGAAAUUCGACGACGUCGCAUGGGACCGAAGCGACGCCAUCUACGCCGCCUGGAAAAAGAAGCUCUUCAACAAAGACGUAUUUCGAAAAAUCGGAGACUUUAUCGUCAAACACAGGCGUGGCCCUCCCGAUGAACUUUUCAGUCCACAAAAAGGGGCAUUUAAUCUGAUAUUCCGCAUGAAGUUUCGCGAUGGAGGCUCUGCGAUCAUACGUUUCCCCAUUCCGGGAAUUUCAGUGUUUGCUGAAGAAAAAGUCAAGAGAGAGGUCUCUGUUAUGCGGUUUAUUGAACGUCAUACUAGUAUACGUGUCCCGCAUGUGCUGCAUUAUGGAAUGACUGAAGAAAGUCUAGCGGGGCUUGGUCCAUUCAUUGUGAUGGAGUAUAUCGAGAAUGACGCUGAUAUGGGCGAUGCUCUCAACACCCCUAGUCUGAGCGUGGAAGAGCGGUGUGUUCUAGACCCAGAUAUUGAUGAAGACCGGCUUCGAUCAGUGUACAGCGACAUGGCCGAUAUCCUUCUCCAAUUUUCGAGAAAAUCAUUUGACCAAAUCGGCAGCAUCACAAACAAUGAAGAGGGCGAUUUCGAUGAUGAAUGGGUCGCCAGCCACCGUCCUCUAACCAUAAACAUGAACGAACUCGUCCAACUAGCCGAUUUCCCGGCGCAUCUUCUACCGCAGACGACGUUCAAGACUGCAUCGGCGUAUUUCCUAGCCCUGGCAGAAAUGAACAUGACUCAUUUAUCUAUCCAACGCAAUGACGCUAUUGACUCCGCUGAAGAUUGUCGACGCAAAUACAUUGCGCGAUGCUUAUUCCGCAAACUAGCACGCGAAAACCGGUUGUGCUCGUACGACAACGGGCCUUUCAAACUCGUCUGUGAUGAUUUCCGGCCCACGAACGUUCUCGCAAAUUCGGAAUAUGGGUACAAAGUUGUGGGCGCGAUUGAUUGGGAGUUUGCGUAUACUGCGCCAGCAGAGUUUGCGUAUAGUCCUCCGGCAUGGCUACUGCUCGAGCAAGAAAUAGAAAAGCGCGAGACAGAGUCCAUAAAACGCGGAAUUAUGUCUGAAGAUGACUGUCUUUCGCAGCGUAUGCGCGAGAGCUGGCAGACGGGGGACUUUUGGGUGUGCUAUGCCGCGAGAAGGAGUUGGGCUUUUGAUAUGCUGUAUUGGGCGAAGAUUGAUAGGCGGUUUUUUGGGGAGGGGGACUUGGAAGAUAGGUUUCAGCUUCUGACUGAGGAGGAGAGAAAUGGUAUUGAUGAGUUUGUGCACAGGAAGAUGGCAGAGAAGGAGGAGCGGAGAUUAAGAGAGUGA